CCCUUCUGUAAAUUUAUUUCUCCGAUUCUGAAUUUCUUCGUUUUGUUUCUCACUUAGCUCGGAGAAUAUUUCGUGAGCUUCCGAAACCAAAAUGUGCAGUUUUUUUUUGUAAAUUUUUUUCAUGGGGACACGUAAUGUAGCAAAGAGCAAAAAGGAUUACACUGGGCUGUCAUGUGCCCUUGGGCGUUUAUUUACUGCGGAAGUUGCUCCUGCAGCGAUCAUGGACGAAAAAAUUCGGUUUUGUUGAGGAUUUUGGAUGAUACAGCUCUUGGAGGCAGUAAAAGAACUUGGUCGCUUAAUGUCGCAGCUGAUAGUCUCGAGCGGUCACAGCUGUCUCCAGUUUAUUGCUUAACUAUAUAACUGUACAAAAUAUAGAUAUAAUUUUAUACUCUGAGAAAUUCAUAAGAAAUUUGUGUCAGGAAUUCGGCUGGGCUUGGGUUCUGAUGCCAUUGACGAGGCUCCGAUCAUUUCUGUGCUUCCUUCUGUCUUGCGGAACUGAGCCCUUGUUUCAUAGUGAUUUGAUUUUUGGAGCAUUUGAGCAACAUUUAGCUCUGAUUGCAGAAAGUUCUUAGGAUAGUGGGCGGGACUGCUUGGAUUUGAAUGUGUCCUAAGUUCACUGGAAAAUUUAUUCAGACGUGACGACUUACCUUUCAGAAGAUUAUGGCAAGACCGAAGGUAGCUUUGAUAGGUGAUGGAGAAGGGGACUUUGCAGCUCUUCGAACACACAUCGCUUCAAGAAUUCUCGAUAAAGGCUUCAAUGUUGCUGAAGUGGACGUUACACAAUCCUCGGACUUGUCUGAUGAGUCGGUUGCCACCGCAAGUGAACAAGCCAUUAAAGAUGCAGGCGUGAUCCUGGUGGCAGUCUCCAAUACAAGAAUAUCCGAAUGUCUUAGAUCAGUCACGAUAUCUGAAUUGUCCGAUGGAGCGGUUGUCCUCAUUUGUUCACCUGUUACGCCUCGUGAACUUAUGACGGUUGAGAAGAGUUUUUCAGUUGAGAGAGAAGAUAUGCAGUUGGUGGAUGCACCUCUCACGCGAACUUUCGAUGGUACACUUAUGAUGGUAGCGUCGGGGGCAGCUGAUGCAGUUACAAAAUGUCGGGAUGUACUUCAUGCUAUCGAUGACAACUUCUUAGAUAUCGAAGGCGGUUUGGGCACAAGCAGCAAACUUCGAAUGGUGGACGAUCUCCUGUUUGGAGUGCACUUAGCAGCAGCUGCAGAAUCGAUGGCUCUUGGAGCAUGUGCAGGACUGGAAACUCAGAUCCUUUACGACAUAAUCUCAAACGCAGCUGGAAGUUCGAGGGUUUUUGCAAAUCUGGUUCCUCACAUGCUCAAGGCGAAAGACGGACCAAUUGCCAAGCUUGAUCAAGUUUACAAUCAGCUUGGUUUUAUACUGGACGAGGCAAAAGGCCUCAAAUUUCCACUGCCUCUGACGGCCGUAGCUCAUCAACAAGUUGUGAAUGGCUGCGCAUCUGGUUACAAGAAUGAGAAAUGUUCUUCACUUUUCAAGAUCUGGGAAAAAAUAAUAGCUUCCAGCACAGCAUCCUCUUCUUCUGUGGGAAAUGUGGGUACGAUGGAUGAGCUCGCAAAGGUCGCCUUGAAAGUUGAUUCUGUAGCUUUCAUUGGACUCGGAGCUAUGGGCUUUGGAAUGGCAUCACAUCUUGUGAAGGAAGGCUUCACAGUUCGCGGAUAUGAUGUAUAUGAGCCCUCAAUGGAACGGUUCGUGAAAGCUGGUGGAAUACCAAGCAAAAGCCCCGAAGAUUGCGCAAAAGGUGCCAAAGUUAUUAUCUUGAUGGUGACGAACGAAGAUCAAGCGGAGAGUGUAUUAUACGGUCAGCAAGGAGCAGUACAAGGAAUUGCUGAAGGUUGCACAGUCGUGUUAUGCUCUACCGUCUCGCCUGCUUUUGUCAUGAGACUUGAAACCCGCUUGGCAGCUGAAGGUCGGGAUUUGCAACUCGUAGAUGCUCCAGUCUCAGGGGGUGUUGCAAAAGCUGCAGAUGGCACUUUGACGAUAAUGGCUUCUGGGUCGGAAGAGGCUUUCAAGCGUGCAGGGUCUUGUUUACUUGCUAUGGGUGCGAAUGUCUAUGUCCUGAAAGGUGGAGCUGGACUCGGCAGCUCUGUUAAGAUGGUGAACCAGUUACUUGCUGGGGUUCACAUUGCAGUUUCUGCAGAGGCUAUGGCUUUUGGUGUACGUCUAGGUCUUGAGAGUCGUUCACUUUAUGACUUCAUAGAGAAAUCGAAUGGAUGCUCUUGGAUGUUUACAAAUCGUGUGCCCCACAUGCUGAGUUCAGACUAUACGCCAUUAUCGGCAGUGGACAUUUUUGUCAAGGACUUGGGAAUCGUAUUCAGUGAGGGGAAAAGACUAUGUGUUCCUCUUCCAGUGGCGUCGACUGCUCUUCAACAGUAUUUACUGAGUGCUGCAGCAGGGUGGGGUCGGUUGGAUGACUCUGCUGUAGUGAAGGUUUUCGAGAAAAUGACUGGUAUAACUAUACAAUCCAAGACUUUUUCUAGUGAACCAGCGAUUGGCAAAGGUGCCGACAUUCCUGUUAUACCCAAGGAUGCUACACUCAACUCCCUUCCACCUGAGUGGUCCGAGGAUCCACUGGAUGAAAUUAAACGUGUAGAGAAAGAAGGUCGUGCCAAGGUUCUUGUUGUGCUCGAUGACGAUCCAACUGGGACCCAAACUGUGCAUGACGUGAAUGUGCUUACUGAUUGGAGUGUCGAUGUUCUGAAGGAAGAGUUUGAUAAGAAGCCAGCUUGCUUUUUCAUCCUUACAAAUUCACGGGCCUUGAACCAUGAAGAGGCCGCUGAGUUAACAGUUGAAAUUUGCAAACAAGUUGUAGCUGCUGCAUCAGCUGCUGGAGAUAUUGGUUACACAAUUGUACUCAGGGGUGAUUCAACUUUACGAGGACAUUUUCCUCAGGAGCCAAAUGCUGCUGCCAGUGUCAUUGGCGAAUCGGAUGCUUGGAUAAUUUGUCCAUUCUUCCUUCAAGGUGGACGAUAUACCAUUAAUGAUAUUCACUACGUCGCUGAUGAGAACAUGUUGGUCCCAGCUGGAAGCACUGAGUUUGCAAAAGACGCUGUUUUUGGCUAUAAGUCCUCUAACCUGCUUGAGUGGGUUGAAGAAAAAACAGAGGGUAGGGUGGCAGCGAAAGACGUCGCUUCUAUCUCGAUUGAUACAAUCCGAAAGGGAGGACCGGCUGCAGUUUGCCAAACCUUAUGCUCUUUGAAGAAGGGCACGGUAUGUGUUGUUAACGCUGCGAGUGAGAGGGAUGUCGAGGUCUUCGCAGCCGGUAUGAUGCGUGCGGAAGCUAUGGGAAAGCAGUUCUUGUGCCGAACUGCUGCUGCCUUUGUGUCUGCCCGUAUAGGUCUCAGACCGACAGUACCACUUACUCCUAAGGACCUGGGAUCACUAAAUACCACCGGUGGACUCAUUGUUGUGGGAUCUUACGUUCCAAAGACCACUAAACAGGUUGAAGAGGCGCGAGCAAGUUGUAAGGAUCUUGUAUGGAUCAACGUUGACGUUGCUUCUGUAACAUCAGACACUUUGACAAGAGAAGUUGAGAUAGAACAGGCAGCACUUUCAGCAACUCAAGCACUAACUGCAGGGAUGGAUACGGUCAUCAUGACAAGCCGGGAUCUCGUCACAGGAUCAAGCAAAGAAGAAAGUUUGAAAAUUGGACUGAGCGUCAGCAGUGCUCUUGUGGAAGUUGUGAAGCGAAUCUCAGUCAGACCACGUUAUAUACUUGCAAAGGGAGGAAUUACAUCGUCUGAUGUCGCAACAAAGGGAAUGGAUGUUAGAAAGGCUCUAGUGGUUGGUCAAGCCUUGCCAGGUGUGCCUCUCUGGCAGUUCGGACCAGGCAGUAGACAUCCGGGUCUGCCAUACAUUGUUUUCCCAGGAAACGUCGGGGGUACAGAUGCUCUUGCCAAAGUCGUCCAGCAGUGGUCGAAACCACCUUCGAAUGCUACAAAGGAUAUGCUCCAGGAAGCUAAGAGAGGAGGUUAUGCGAUAGGAGCUUUCAAUGUAUAUAACAUGGAAGGCAUCCUUGCCGUAGUAGCAGCUGCUGAAGCUGAAAAGAGCCCUGUCAUUCUUCAGAUUCAUCCAGCAUCGCUGCGAAGUGGAGGAUUGCCCUUAGUCGCUGCCUGUCUCUCUGCAGCCAAGUCUUCCACGGUACCAGUCAGUGUCCAUCUUGACCAUGGAGACCAGAAACAAGACACUCUGCAAGCCAUCUGUUCGGGUUUCAACUCGAUCAUGGUGGAUGGCUCCAAGUUAUCUUUCCACGACAACAUUCAGUUCACCAGAACAUUGGCACGGGCAGCCCAUGCGAAAGGAAUGCUGGUUGAAGCAGAACUCGGUCGACUGUCUGGCACGGAAGAUGGCCUCACAGUGGAAGAAUACGAGGCUCUCUUGACAGACACGAAACAGGCAGAGGAGUUUCUUGGGGAGACAAAAGUGGAUGCUCUCGCUGUGUGUAUAGGGAAUGUUCACGGCAAGUAUCCAGCCAGUGGCCCGAAAUUGAAGCUAGAUCUUCUGCAGGAUCUGAAUCUGGUCGCCGAGAGGCACAACGCCGUUCUGGUCCUUCACGGAGCCUCAGGAGUACCAGAUCGAGAUGUCAAGGCAUGCAUCGACCGUGGAGUCGUCAAGUUCAAUGUCAACACGGAGGUCCGAGAAGCGUACAUGGACAUUUUCAAGACGCAGCACAAGGACCUGGUGGACGUGCUGCGCUCCUCCAAGCAAGCCAUGGAAAAAGUAAUCGUCGCGAAGCUCCGCUUGUUCGGCUCCUCCGGCAAAGCUACUUAGGUAGAUGCCGUGCACUGCUUUGCCUCGCUCGGUCUGGACGAGAAAUUCGCCCACACCCCUCGCCCGCUCGUCAAGAAGAAGAAAAGCCAGGCGUCACCCGACUCCUCUCCAUAGUCUCGGACAAGAGCUAGGCUUCGUCGUAGACCUGAACUGUAUAUGGCUGUAAAUCUUAGUUCUCAUGCCGCAAACAUAUGAUUAAAUUGAAUCCACAAUGCCUCGGAGUCCAGUCACAAGGGUUUGCAAGUUCUGCGCUGGGAAUCGAGAAGUUACCGGAUUCGAUUGCGCCUCUGUGCUGUCCGCCGAGGAGUUUAACGCGGAGAUUAAUGGCGUCUCAAGUAAGAUUUGACUGAUAAGAGGGAAUCCUGCCGAUCGUGAACUGGACUGGGCCAAACCCACUCGGCCGCCGACAUUACGAGCCUUAUCCCGCUUUUCCCGACCUAAAGCUGUUUCCCGACUUUCUGGAUGGCAAUGCUCCCUGAAACAUCCAACUUGGCGGUGCCGUUUCUCAUUCUGACAAAUAACAGUAAUCUGCACAAAGAGAUGUCCGCGCAGCUGCGCAUGAAGACGUUUUCUAACCUCUCCGAAGGACUCUCUGCUGCCCUUGAGGAAUAUAAACAACAGCAAUCUUGACUCGGAAAGCUUCGUCUGUCGAACUCUUUUCUGCGCAUGGGUGGAAUCGUACGUGGAAUCAAUUCCCAGCUGCGGCGAGUAGAUAAAGUUUGUGCCGGGGAGUGAAAAAAAGAAAAGUAGAGAUUAGGAAGAAGUACAAAUCCAGACUGGGAAAUGGAGAAAGUGUCGCCGAGAAUGAAACAGUGAAAGGAAGGUGCAACGAGCAGCGAAAAAGUCAUGUCUGACAAGCGUCGACGAGUUUCCGUCACCACGAAGAAUGCGGUGAGAGCGAGAGGAUGUAGUGCCUUUAUGUCACUUGCAUCUGCAGGUGGGCAUUUCGCUCGCUAGGGCAGGUGGCGAUGACCACCGUGGACCGGUUCAGUGCUGGUCUUACCGAACAACCGCGUUGAACAUGUCUCCAGGUAAAACCUUCGCGGCCAAGUCAGUCGUGGUUUUCAAUUUCCCUCUUUUGGUUGCGAGGGCCGAUUCCUUCCAAGAAAAUCAUCGUCAGCAACAAACAAAUAAACAAACAUCCAGCGGGACACUGGAAAACCAUCCAGACAUCCGACCCAUCGACUUGCAAUUUCCAAGCUCAUCCGUAUUCUCCCUUAAACCCCUUCGCCUCCAGCUUCAAAGAUCGGCACUGCAUCCCGAUGAUUGCGGUCCGAGAGCACGGCAGAGAUCUUUGAAUCAGAGCUUGCCAAGUUUGCUUAUUACCUUAUUAGCUUUGCUGCAAGCUCAUGGACUUAGCACUAACCCCAAAAAAACUGGUGCCUCUCCACAAGUAAGCCUCAGGAAGUACAGUACAGAACUGCAGGUUCAUGUACCUGGAAAAAGAGCUCUUGAAGAAGAAGGCAUGAGAUGAAGGGAAGAAGGAAGCAGGGCAGGUGGGUUCUGGAUGCAGCGGAAAAAACCCCAGAAGCCCCCAUAGCUCAAGAGGGUGUUUCCAUCAUAUGAUGGCUGCAGUGCGUUCGUUGAAUUGGGCCACGGGACGAAAGAAAAUCGGGACUCGAGUCAGCAUCAGAAACAGUGGACAUUGAAAAGCCAUUGAAAAGCCAUUGAAAAGCCGGCGGAGCUCUUCUCCAGCACAGCACAGCACAGCAGAAGAAGAAAGAAGGAAGGGAGGAAGGAAGGAAAGAGGAGGAGGAGGAGGAGGAUGAAAAGCACCAGAGUCCGGCCAUCAUCGGCCAUCGGCAUGGGGAUUGUGUGAGUUUGAGUGUAAUGGAAGUAUCAUCGAGCGAGCAGGGGCAGACCGCAGGAGAAGGCCAGAGCACUGACCAGACCGCAAGAUUAUUCCAUCUGCUUCAAAUCUUCGUCUCAAUUUCAAACAAGGAGGAGAAACCUAAAGACACCAAUGAUUGCAUCGCGGCCCAUCAUAUCUUCUUACUUCAUUCAUAUUCCGGUGCCAUUUGUUGCCUCCUCUGUGGGCCACCUGGUGCCGUGAGAUCUGGGCCAGCGGUUUCUCAUUUUGGUCCAAGCGAAAUCCAACUGAAGAAUCCCGACUGCCACUUGCAUUGCAUUUCGAUUCAUUUCACCUCAUUUCACCUCAUCUCACCUCAUCUCAUCUCUCCAUUUUCAUUUUCAGGCGCAACGAGCAUGAAUGGUCUCGUUAUGGUGUCUGCAUUUUACCCCGCAGUAACGUGUGCCACGGGCCGGACGGAACGCUGAAGGCAUUGCCGGUUCGCAGCAAUGGACAUCGUACAGAGACAUUGAGUGAAUUUGAAAACAGUCCAGGACAUGACAGCUUUUCGGACUGUGACUGGAAACUUGAACGUUG